GACUGACUCACUUACUUCUGCUCAGCUUGCACACUUCCUCGCUCCACUCCUCCACUUCAUCAUCCCACCAUCUAUCUGUCGCUCGGUUUCACACAAGCUGCUGGAGAGUCUAAUGAUGGACAGACUCGUGAAAUGCUGAUGCUAAUCUGAUAGCUUUCUCUAAACCAAUAAAACAAAACAUUUUAGGAAACAGGAAGUGGGUGGAGCUUCACCUUGUUACCUUUCCAUCCUAAACAAAGCCACUUUUUAGCACUGCUGGACAUCAGGGGGACUCGUCGUUACUAUGGCAACCAACAGGGAGCGACCUGUGGGUCACAUGACCGGAUUUUACCCAUUCGCCUUCAAUCCGAUGCGAAGCCACGCCCCCUUUGACCUCCUGGCCAGCGGCAGAUUGUUCGGUCGUUACGGUGCAGAUCUCCAGAAAGAGAUGGCGGCGCUGUCGGUGGAGACUCGCAGUACGAGUUCUGAGGAGAUGAUUCCGAGUUCUCCUUCUCCUCCUCCUCCUCCUCGAGUGUAUAAGCCAUGUUUUGUUUGUCAGGACAAAUCCUCAGGAUAUCACUACGGAGUCAGUUCCUGUGAGGGCUGUAAGGGCUUUUUCCGUCGCAGUAUUCAGAAGAACAUGGUUUACACCUGCCACAGAGACAAGAACUGUCAGAUCAACAAGGUGACACGGAACCGCUGUCAGUUCUGUCGCUUACAGAAGUGCUUUGAGGUCGGAAUGUCUAAAGAAGCGGUGAGGAAUGACAGAAAUAAGAAGAAGAAGGAUGUAAAGGAGGAAGUGGUUUUGCCAGAAAACUAUGAGUUGAGUGGAGAGCUGGAGGAGUUGGUUAAUAAAGUCAGUAAAGCUCACAGAGAAACCUUUCCCUCCCUGUGUCAGCUAGGAAAAUACACUACAAACUCGAGUGCAGAUCACAGGGUCCAACUGGAUUUGGGUUUGUGGGAUAAAUUCAGUGAACUCUCCACUAAGUGCAUCAUUAAAAUCGUGGAAUUCGCCAAACGUUUGCCAGGUUUCACUUCACUCACCAUCGCAGACCAGAUCACACUCCUCAAAUCUGCCUGCCUCGACAUACUGAUGUUGAGGAUUUGUACUCGUUACACUCCUGAGCAGGACACCAUGACCUUCUCAGACGGUUUGACUCUGAACAGAACUCAGAUGCACAACGCUGGAUUUGGCCCUCUGACUGACCUCGUCUUCUCCUUCGCGGAUCAGCUGCUUCCUCUGGAGAUGGAUGAUACAGAGACCGGGCUCUUGAGUGCCAUCUGUCUCAUCUGUGGAGACCGUAUGGAUUUGGAGGAGCCUCAGCGAGUGGAUCGGUUGCAAGAGCCUUUGCUUGAGGCGUUAAAGAUCUAUGCAAGGAGACGCCGCCCCGAUAAACCCCACAUGUUCCCUCGAAUGCUGAUGAAGGUUACUGACCUGCGAGGAAUUAGUACUAAAGGUGCAGAACGAGCGAUCACACUAAAGAUGGAGAUUCCCGGACCGAUGCCUCCCCUCAUCCGUGAAAUGCUGGAGAACCCAGAGGUUUUCGAGGAGAGUCUUCCUCCUCCUGCCAUCCAGGCCAUUAAACGAGAGAGGGAUGAAGACUCUGAGGUCCCUGAGGAAGAAGAGGACGAGGAGGAUGAGUGUGCAGAGGAGGAGAGGGAGAGAGGAGGAGACAGUGAGGAUGAUGAAGAGUGGAGCAUCCUGCAGGUGGACGUGGGGGAGAAGAAGAAGAACACGACGGGUAGAGCGCAUUGAUCCGAUAGACGUUUGGAUUACCACCCACAUGUACACAAACACAAACACGCACACACACACACAUGCACACACACACACACACACACACACACACACACACACACACACAUUCACUCACACACAUGCAAACACACAUACAAACACACACACAUUCAUUCACACACAUGCAUAUACAAACACACACACACACACACACACACACACACACACACACACACACACACAGUCACUUCCAAACAUCUGAGUGCUCUAGUAAGAAUUUAUUCUCUCAGUUAUUAAACUCUAAUCUAAAAUCUCCUCUUAGAUUAACUUUAGUACUGAAUACUGUAAAGAUAAUCCUGUUACAUUAGCUCAUGUUAGCCACCUAGCUAGAGUUAGCAGUAAACAUGACUGAAUAGGGCCAAAAUCCUCUCAGAAAUCCUGUCAAGCUGUUCAUGUUAGCUAGCUUGUUAUCAUCAACAUCGAUGAUCACAAACCUUUACCUGUCAUUUUACCUCAUGUUAGCUAGCUUGAUAAUGUUAGCAAUAUUAUUUAUGACAAUUCCCUCAGCAGGUAAAAAAAUAAAUGUUUAUAACUUAACACUUCUUUUAGAUAUGUUUAGUUAUCCAGCUAUCAUUAGUGGGGGAAUAAACAUUCAUGAAAACUACUUGAAAUCAUUAGAAGUAAAUAUAAUAAAUAUGAAAGAAUAGGAUAAAAACCCACUCAGAAAUCCAGGAAAGCUAGCUUGUUAGCUUGGAUGCUAGAAUCAACAGUGAUGGCUAGAGACAUUACCUCUAUUGUCACAUUAGCUUAUGAGAGCUAAACAAAUCUAGGAAGCAUUAGCAGUAAACAAUAUAAAGAUUAUAAAAUGAUUAAGGUCAGUUAUGUCCUGAGUCCAUAUUUAGCCAACUAGCUAGCAGAGUGAAAAUGUAUUAAUAAUAAUUCUUCUCAGAGAUCCUGACAGAUAAAACAUGCAGUUAGCAUUAGCAGUGGGGAUAAAAAUAGUGGGGAAAACAUAUAUAAAUAGUAAUAUGAUAUAUUGCCAGAUUAGCAUGUAGUAGCUUGGAACUGUUAGCAUUAAAGUCAGCAAGUUUUAACAGCAUUAGCGGUAGUGCUAAAGGGCAGGAAUACGACUCAGUGUGUUUGUUUUUUGAUAACUGAUGAAAUAAAAACAGCUCUCAGUCACCGGAUGACAUGAAAAUAUCAGAAAAUCAGACAGUUAUUUUGUUCUGUCUUUUUGUCUGAAUGAAAAAAAAACAAAGAAGAAAAGCCAGCAAUCUGACUAAAGAGAAUAAAAAAAAACUCCUCACAUUGCGAGAGAAAUGCGUUUACAGUUUCACACCUGAGUUACUAUGAACAUUUCUAAAAUCUACAAUCUGGCAACUCUUAAAGUGUGGAUUACAUUUUUAAUUAGCAGCUUUACCUCUAUUCCUCUAUUGGCUGAGAAACUGAUGUGAGCAUUUCCUCAAGCUGGAAAAAACUCAUGAUUUUGUCAGAAGUAAAAAAAAAAAGAAUGGAAAUAAAAAGACGUUAACGAGACAGUGUAAAUCUUUCAUGCACGAAGAUUAGCAUAUUAAGAAGUUAGGAAACUCAGGGCACUAAAAGGACCAAAUAUUACAUGUUCAUUUGUUUAAAAGUUUCCAAAGAAAUUCAGAUUUAAGACUUUGUUUAAAGAAUGUAAUGUAGUCAUGAAUCCAGUAAGAAUCCAAAGCCAUAUAAUUUAGUGAGCAUUGAUAUGUUGCAGAAGGGAGAUUUAUUCAGCGAUGCUUUUAAAACACACAGUGCCUUAGUCAGUCAUGUGUUAGGUAGCUUUUUGUGGCUAAAUUCGUCCUACACUGUUAGCUACGUUUAGCUGUUUUUUUUUUAUUUUUGCUAAAUCCAUCCUACAUUAGCUGCAUUAGCUUAUUUAGCUGAAUUUUUGUUCUGUUGUUUGUCGCUACAAUAUUAUUGGCUAAAUCGAUCCCACAGUGUUCGCUACACAACCUAAGUGCUAAGUAAAGUGGCAGUGUUCAAAACGUCAUCGUUUUUUUCUGUAUGCACUGAUAUGCGGAGUUAUGACAGGGUAAAUACAGCCACCAUUUUUCCGCACGUUAUACUGGUAGCUACGGCUGCGGCUAAAUUACAGCGAUGUAUCAGUAAUAUUGUGAUGUAGCUAGAACCGAAACUUUAUACCAAAGCCAUUUCUAUUAUUUUUGUGUCUGUAUAUUUGUAUGUGCUGAUACGUUAACCCUCUGUGAGUAUUUUCCGUCAAAAUUUCUAAACAAUAGAAAAGGUCUAAAAAUUCAUUGUCAAACACCAUCUUUAUUUUCAUGACUGAAAUUAAAAAAGACAUAAUUGUUAAGCAACAGACAGAAAAAUAAUGAAGUUAACUUUUAAGUUAAAAAUGAAACCUUCAUAUCAAAAAGUUAUUUUUAAAAUUAACGGUAAAUGACAAAAAAUUCAAAGUUCAAAACAGACUUCAGAUGACUUGGAGGAAAGAAACUGAUUGCUUUUAACUGGAAGUUUUUCAUUACAGUUUUUUUAUUUUGAUUAAUUAAGUUUUUUUUGUGAACAUAACUGACAAAUUCUCAUGAAGGGUUAACAAUUUCUUACAAAAUGUUGCAAUUAUACACACACACACACACACACACACACACACACACACACACACACACA